CAUUCAAGGCCCAAAAAGGACGAAUCAAGAACAAGAAGUAGAGAAAAUACAAGAGAACAAAACAAAACUACUUUUACUGGCGCUUGUAGGUUAUAGGUCACAUAACGUCAACAUUUUAAGCUUGCAAAGCUUGUUCAAAGCACUACCGUUUUUUGAAAGUUUGUUUCGUGUUGUUGUAAAGCUGUAGUGCGGUCGUCCCAGUUAUUUGUGAAGCUUUGCAAUACGGUAGUACCGUCGUACCUGUGCUCAGCGCCUCUAGCCAUGAGCUGACACACCCUGUCAAUCAAGUGUAUAAUCUGCAGGCUCUCCCCGCAGUCGUGAUCGGCCAGAGAUGAACUCGGAUUUUAUGCCGAAAGCGAAAGAAAAGCAUCACAAUGACAGUGAAACGAUAUGCUUCGAGGGUUCAUCACACCAAUCUACUCUUUUGGGCGGGCUGAACUCGCUUAGAGAAAAAGGGGAAUUGUUAGAUAUUACUUUAGUUGUUGAAGGAAGAUUUUUCCGAGCUCACAAAGCAGUAUUAGCAGCAUGUAGUGAUUAUUUUCGAGCCAUGUUUACGGAUAGUAUGCUGGAAGCCAGGCAAAACGAGAUAUGCCUGAAUGGCAUCACCGCUACAGGUUUUCAGCAAAUUCUAGAGUACGCUUACACAUCUCGUAUCACAAUGAAUCUGGCAAACGUUCAGGAUGUUCUGGAUACUGCCUCGCAUGUACAAAUGGUCGAUAUUAUCCAAGCGUGCGCAGAUUACCUUCAAUCGCAAAUCGACAUUGACAACUGCGUCGAUAUUGCCACAAUAGCGGAAAGGUAUUCCCUGACGUUUCUGCUCCUGAAAGUGUACAGAUUCAUGAGCGGCCAUCUGUUAGAAUUCUCAAACAGUACCGAGUUUUAUAGACUGACAGCGCAACAAUUAGAAAAAUUACUAGUCUACGACUUUCCUGUAGAUUGCUCAGAAGCAGACGUACUAAGUAUAGUGCUCAGGUGGAUUUUUCACCAGGAACCUAAUGAGUUAGAUGUUCGGUUAGACCACGCAUUUCGAAUGAUGCGUUAUAUACAUUUCAAUGAAAUAUCCCGUAAGAAGUUGGAUAUUAUAUUAAAUAAACUGGAAGAGGACAGAAGGUGUGAUUGGGAACUGUACAAAAUCAUCCUGCAGGAGUCGACUAGGGAUUGCGGGAAAUAUGGGAUCAACUCCAAUUUGUUAAAUUCAAGAGGUAUGGAAUUGGCUCUGUUAAAGAUCGGUGGAUUCGGCAUUUGCGGCGUCACCAACGAAAUAACGUACUGUUUUUCAUUGGGCAACAAAUGGAAACACCUCACCUCGAUACCUCACGUAGAACAAUGCAAUUUUGGUACAGCCGUGUUGAACAACGAACUGUAUGUUGUUGGUGGUUGUUUCGACCAGGCUUUGCAAGAAAAUAUCCAUCCGUUUGGAUUUAAAUACAGUCCAGGAUACAACAAAUGGUAUACAAUAGCUCCAAUGACAACGGAAAGGUGUCGAUUCACGUUGACAGCACUGGAUGGUGCUUUAUUUGCUAUAGGCGGAGUUAGUGAAGAGGAUGGAUGUAUAUUUACCAGUGAAUGUGAAUAUUAUGAACCCAGUGAUGAUAAUUGGUAUUCUAUGGAAUCGUUGCCUGUAGAUCUAAGCCAACAUGCGGCUACUGCUAUAGACGGAGGUUUCUCGAAAAGAGGACGUUUGUUUAUCAGCGGCGGCAUAAGCCACGAAGGCGUUCAGAGCCAGCUCUAUUGCUACGACGUGACCAGCAGCAAGUGGAGUCGAUGUGCGCCGAUGAUAACGCCGCGUGCGGAUCACGCUAUGUUGACCAUAGGAAAGAAACUGUACGUUUGCGGCGGAUGGACGGAAGACGACGAGUUUAGAAGGAACCUGGUGGAAACUAUCGAUGUGUAUGAUAUAGAACAGGAUUGCUGGCAGGAAGUGACGAAGGUGCCGAAUCCCCGUUACCACGCCGGCAUAACGUGCGUCGACCGCGCCGUCUACUUCAUCGGCGGUUUCCAUAACGACGCGAUGUUCGAUCGACGUACGAUGGCGAUCGAACAUUACGACAUCGACCGGGACCGAUGGACGACCGAGGAGAAGUACCCGCAAAGGGUGUGGGAGCAUACGUGCGCCACCCUGUACGUGCCUAGGUGGAGGGAGGAUAUGGAAGUUAUCGCGGAUAGCCCGAGUCGAUCUGAUAGCUCCUGAGUGAUCGCUAUGGUUGGGCUGCAGAUCGAUCUUGUGAACAAUGCAGUUGUUUACAUGGAGAUGUAAAUGUUUUAUAUUUUGAAUGAUACCUAUGAACAAAUUUUUAUAUGGAAAUGAAGUAUUUAUUUUAUGAA